AUGGAACGCAAUAUUCUAAAUACAGGUUUAGACAAGGAAACACUCUCACUAUGUGUCUCACUCAUUGAAAAUGGAGUCAAUCCAGAAGCAUUGGCUGCUGUAAUCAAGGAAUUGAGGAUUGAAGCUGCUAAAAAGAGUCCUAAAUAG